UCAUCUUUGUCACGGUAAAUGUAUCUUUCUGGAUUGACACGACCAUGUCUUGACUGUGUCCAGCAGAGCUUCCAUGAAGAAGGGCCAGGAUAGGCGUAGCCACAUCAAAGACCUGAAGAAAAGAGUACUCCAUCAGCAUGAAGAGAAACUGAGAACCGUUCACCUGAAAGAACCUGACACAGAAAUAUACGAUGUAUCAGCUGGUGAAAGCAAGAAUGCUAAACUACAAACCUUUAAUGAAUUAUUUUUUGAGAAACAAGUGCGAACAGUGCUAACAAAGGGAGUGGCUGGAGUUGGUAAAACCGUUCAAACAAGGUUGUUCAUGGUAGACUGGGCAAAAGAAAAAUCCAACAGAGAAAUAGACUUUAUAGUGUCACUUAAGUUUAGCGAGCUGAAUUCAAGAAGGGACAAAGUUGAAAGCAUGACAGAUCUGCUUCAUCGUUCCCUUAAUAACGAUAAACACAAGGGUUACAAGUAUGAAGAGUCUAAAGUAGCUUUUGUUCUUGAUGGCUUGGAAGAAUGUGCCCUUUCUCUGGAUUUUGCAAAGAACGAGGAGCUGACUGAUAUAGAAAAGCCAGCCUCGAUGGACGUGCUGCUGACAAACCUCAUCAAGGGGAAUUUGCUUCCCUCUGCUUGUCUCUGGAUCAUCUCUCGACCUUCAGGAGUUGAUAAGAUUCCUCCUGAGUACAUUCAUAAAUUGACAGAAUGUCGAGAGACCUUGAAUAGACGGAAGAAACUGGUGUCAGCCUUAAGAAAAAGAUUUCUUAAAGAAACCACUCAAGAUGAAGAUUUAAACCAUCCUAACCAGAAAAACACAGAACACAUCAUGCGAAAAAAAAAAAGUGGGGAGGUCAAUGAUGAAGAGAAAAAUGGAUGCACUGCGGCAAAAUCAGUAAUACGAGUGAAUGCAGUAUCUGAGAUCUUCAAAGGUACAAAAGAACAAAAAAUCAGAACUGUGCUGACUACCGGAGAAGCUGGAAUUGGAAAAUCCUUCCUUAUGCAGAAAUUUAUAAAGGAGUGGGCUAAAAAGGACGAGAAGUCAUUUUUAACUUGGUUCAUAGAUGCAACAAUGGAAAAGCUAUGGGGCAAAGAAGAAGUUGUUUUAUUUCCACUUAACUUCUCCAAGCUUAAUUUGAUAAAAGAGAAAAAAGUCAGUUUGGUGGGACUGCUUAAUCAUUUCUUUAUAGAAACUGAGGAUUUUGUAAUCUCUAACUUUGAACAGACCAAAAUUUUGUUUGUCUUUGAUGGACUGGAUGCGUAUCAACCUCCUCUCGACUUUGACAACAACAACACGUUGACUGAUGUCAGGGAGCCAGCUUCAGUGGAUGUGCUGCUGACUAGCCUCAUCAGAGGAACCCUGCUUCCCUCUGCCCGGCUCUGGAUAACCUCCCGACGGAAGCUGCCUCAAACGUGUGUCGACAGGAUGACAGAAAUAAGAUGUAAGCCUGAUGUUGCAAGUCAAGGGAUACUCAAAUCUCAGCUGACAGAGGAAUUUACCCUUGUGACUGAGGGGAUUGAUAUGCAGAAAAGUUUUGCUGCUCUGAAAGAGAUCUACACAGAUGUCUACAUCAUAGAGGGAGAGAGGGGAGAGGUCAAUGUUCAAAAUGAGAUCAGACAAGUUCAAGACGCAAAAUUCAAACCAGCGGAACAAGAAACAUCGAUUAAAUAUCAUAACAUCUUCAAACCUGCAUCUGAAAAAAGUAUACCCAUUCGAACAGUGCUGACGAUUGGAUUGGCAGGCAUUGGAAAGUCGUUUGCUACCAAGAAGUACAUGCUGGACUGGGCUGAGGGUACGGCAAAUGGGGACAUAUUUUAUAUGUUUCCACUUUCUUUCCGGGAACUGAAUUUGAGAAAAGAUGAAACCCCCAGUAUGGAGGAACUCAUUCAUCAGUUUUUUCCGGGUAUGAAGACAUCAGAAAUAGACGACUAUGACAAGUACAGAAUUCUGAUUAUUCUGGAUGGUCUUGAUGAAUGUCGCCUCAAUCUUGACUUCAGUAAAGUUGAUAAUUGGACAGAUGUGAGAAAGCCGACCUCAGUGAAUGUUUUGCUGACAAAUCUCAUCCAAGGAAAACUACUUCCUAAAGCUCAAAUCUGGAUCACCUCCCGACCUGCAGCCUCCAACACGAUCCCUGCCAAUAAAGUUGACCGGGUUACAGAGGUGCGAGGAUUCAAUGAUGAGCAGAAGGAGGAGUACUUCAGGAAGAGAUUUAGUGACAAGGAUUUGGCUGAGAAAAUCAUUUCACAUGUCAAGAAAUCAAGAAGUCUUUACAUCAUGUGCCACAUCCCUGUUUUCUGUUGGAUCACUGCAAAGGUUCUGGAAGGCUUCAUGGACACAAAAGAAGAAGGAAGGAUGCCCAAGACCCUGACUGACAUGUACAUAUGCUUCCUUGAGUUACAAUGCAGACAGGCUAUUGUAAAGUAUGGUGCAGAUGAGAUGGGUGACAGUUCUGAGACAAAUUCAUGUUGGAAUACAGGGAACAAGAAAACUAUCGUGUCUCUGGGGAAACUGGCUUUUGAGGGGCUAGAGGAAGGACAACUUCUCUUCACUGAAGACAACUUGAAAGACAGUGGUCUUGACCUCACAGACACUGCCGUCUUUUCUGGAUUAUUCACUCAAAUCAAACGAGAAGGAUGUGGGCUAUACCCACAGAAAUUGUUCUGCUUUGUCCACCUGAGCAUUCAAGAGUUCCUGGCAGCCUUUUAUGUCUUUCACACAUUCAAUAACACAAGUGAAAAUCGGUUUAGCAAGCCCUCUUCAGCAGUUGGGGACUUGCGUGCAUUUGACUUCUACAAGACAGCAGUGGACAAGGCUUUAGAUUGCAAGAAUGGAAAAUGGGAUCUGUUUCUCCGCUUCCUGCUCGGCCUCUCUCUGGAGACUAAUCAGAAUCUACUGAAAGAGCUGCUGAGGAAAACCGAAAACAACAAGGAGACCAACAAGGAAACCAUUGAGUAUAUAAAAGAAAAGAUUAGGGAAGAGAACAGUGAUGCUGAUAAAAAUUGCAAUCUUUUCUACUGUCUGAAUGAGCUGAACGACCACUCUCUUGUAGAAGAAGUGAAAAAGUACCUGCGAUCAGAAACGCACACCUUUGAAAACUUCUCCGCCUCCCAGUGGUCCGCUCUGACUUUUGUGCUGCUGACAUCAGAUGAGAAGCUCGACGUGUUUGAUCUGAAAAAGUACCUGAAAUCAGAGAAAGUUCUUCUUGGAAUGUUGCCGGUGGUCAAAGUCUCCAAAACUGCUUUACUGAGUUGGUGUGAGCUCUCUGAGAAAUCCUGCAGUGGCCUGUCUUCCAAAGUCCUCAGCUUCGCAUCCUGUAAUCUCACAGAGCUGGACCUGAGUCACAACGACCUGCUGGAUUCAGGUGUGCAGGCGCUUGCUGAUGGCCUAAAGAAUAUACACUGUAAACUGGAGAAUCUCAAUCUUUCAGGUUGUCAGGUGACGGAGAAAGGCUGCUCAUUUCUGGCCUCCGCUCUCAAGUCCAAACCGACCUCCUCCCUGAAACAGCUGGAUCUGAGUUACAACCACCCAGGACCAGAGGGGGCAUUAAUGCUCUCUGAUAUAGCUGCUGAUCCAAAUAUGAGCCUGAAGAAACUCUGUCUGGACUAUGGUGGGGAGCAUCGGUUAAAGCCAGGGCUGAAGAAGUAUGAUGCAGAUCUGAAGCUUAAUGAAAACACAGCAGGCAGAAGGCUUGUUCUGUCAGAAGGCAACAGGAAAGUAAAAACUGUAAAGAAAGGAGAGAAGAAGGUAACACCUCCUGAACACCAAGACAGGUUUAAAAGGACCCAGGUGUUUUGUGUGGAGGGCCUGAAAGGCCUGGGCUACUGGGAGGUAGAGUGGAAAGUGGAUGUUGGCAUCGCAGUGGCAUAUGAAGCAGUGGGGAGAGGCUGGGAUAGCAGUGGUGGCCUAGGAUGCAACGAGAUGUCCUGGAGCCUGCGCUGCUCGAGGAAGGGAUACACUGCCAUGCAUGGCAAGACAUCCACAACUAUUCAAGUGCCCGUUUGCCCAAAAAUAGCAGUCUUUCUGGAUUGGGAAGGUGGUACGCUGACCUAUUACAAUGUUGAAAAAGAAGAGCUAAGGCUAAUACACACCUUCCAUGCCAAAUUCACAGAACCCCUCUUCCCAUGCUUCUGGCUUAAUAAGGGCUCUGUGACUUUGUGUGAGAUAGACAAUACCCCUCUCAGAUGGGGGACAAGUGCACUGUGAUGCUCUACCAGGAGCAGUUGAGUAACCACUGAGCUAGACUAGCUACUUGCUAGCUAAACAGCCCUC